GCACCGGCACCGGCACCGGGGCUCUGAGCCCACCUCUCCUCCUCUGCCGGCCCGGCCGCGCCCGCCCCGCCCCGCCAUGGCCCGCCUGGCCGAUUACUUCGUCCUCGUAGGCUACGACCCCGGCAAACGCGGGAGCGGGGACGGCCAGGGACAGAUCCUGCAGCGCUUCCCAGAGAAGGACUGGGAGGACAACCCCUUCCCACAGGGCAUUGAGCUGUUCUGCCAGCCCAGCGGCUGGCAGCUGUUCCCCGAGAUGAACCCGCCCAGCUUCUUCGUGGCCGUGCUGACCGACAUCAACUCCGAGCGCCACUACUGCGCCUGCUUCACCUUCUGGGAGCCGCUGGACAGCAGCCAGGCUCAAAGCCACCCCAGGAAUGGUGGGGAGGAGGAAGAGGAGGAAGCAUCAUCUCCUGUUCAGCCCACGCAGCUCUUUGCUCCCAAGAGCUUGGUGCUGGUGUCGCGCCUGGACCACGCGGAGGUGUUCAGGAACAGCCUGGGCUUGAUCUACACCAUCUACGUGGAUGGCAUGAGCGUGGCCCUGGAGAGCGUCGUGGGCAACCUCCUGACCUGCACCAUCCCCAUCACUGGAGGGGCUCAGCCUGACCUGGAGGACGAAGCAGCGAGGACCAUCUGCCUGGGGGCGGGGGACAGGCAGGUCAUCCAGACCCCCAUCAACGACUCCCUGCCCGUCAGCAGCUGCAGCGUGGCCCUGCUCUUCCGGCAGCUGGGCAUCACCAACGUGCUGCACCUCUUCUGCGCGGCGCUGACGGAGCACAAGAUCCUCUUCCUCUCCAGCAGCUACCAGCGGCUGACCGACGCCUGCCGCGCGCUCCUGGCGCUCAUGUUCCCCCUCAAGUACAGCUUCACCUACGUGCCCAUCUUGCCUGCACAGCUGCUGGAGGUCCUGAGCACUCCAACACCUUUCAUCAUCGGGGUCCACUCCAUCUUCCAGUCAGAGACUCAGGAGCUGCUGGACGUGGUCAUCGCGGAUCUGGAUGGGGGCACCGUCAGCGUCCCCGAGUGCGUCCACAUCUCCCUGCUGCCCGAGCCGCUGCUGCAGCAGACGCGGGAAGCCCUCUCCAUGGUCCUGGACCCGGAGCUGGAGGUGGCCGACCUGGCCUUCCCCCCCUCCACCAUCUCUGCCUCUUCUCUCAAGAUGCAGGACAAGGAGAUCCGAGCUGUCUUCCUGCGCCUGUUUGCUCAGCUGCUGCAGGGCUACCGCUGGUGCCUGCACAUCAUCCGCAUCCACCCCGAGCCUGUCAUUCGCUUCCACAAGGCAGCCUUCCUGGGGCAGAGGGGGCUGACAGAAGAUGACUUCCUCACCAAGGUGCUGGAGGGCAUGGCCUUCGCCGGCUUCGUCACCGAGCGGGGAGCUCCCUACCGCUCCAUCGACCUCUUCGAUGAGCUGGUGGCUUAUGAAGUGAAGCGCAUGAGGGCAGAAGAAGGCAACAAGCAGAAGGUCCUGAGGCACAUCAGGGAGCUGGCAGAGAAGCUCUACAAAAACGAGAACCCCUACCCGGCGGUGACCAUGCACACGGUGAAGAAGCCCAAGGAAGGUCACCACCUGCGGGCCCAGCAGAAGCCUUUCCCCAGGCUGGACGAGGGCCUGGUGCAGUGGAUCAUCGACCAGGCCACUGCCAAGCUGCAGACAGCUCCUCCAGCUGUGAAGGCUGAGGUGAAGUGCAUGGUGCCCUCGGGACCUCCCAUCGCUGCCAUCAUGGAGCGCAACGGCAACGCCAUGGCCAACAGCGCCCGGCGCCUGGAGGUGGUCAGGAACUGCAUCUCCUACGUCUUUGAGAACAAGAUGUUGGAAGCCAAAAAGCUGUUCCCGGCCGUGCUGCGGGCCAUGAAGGGCCGAGCGGCUCGGCAGUGCCUGGCGCAGGAGCUGCACCUGCACGUCCAGCAGAACCGCGCCGUGCUGGACCACCAGCAGUUCGACUUCGUCAUCCGCAUGAUGAACUGCUGCCUGCAGGACUGCACGGCCAUGGACGAGCACGGCAUCGCCGCGGCGCUGCUGCCGCUCGUCACCGCCUUCUGCCGGAAACUGAGCCCAGGCAUCACCCAGUUUGCCUACAGCUGCGUGCAGGAGCAUGUGGUGUGGACCAACAUCCAGUUCUGGGAGGCCAUGUUCUACUGCGACGUCCAGAACCACAUCCGCGCCCUCUACCUGGACAGCGCCGAGGAGAGCCACCUGGAGGAGGAGGACAACCAAGAAGCCAAAUCUGCCCUGGAGAUUGCAUCUGAGCAGCUGAGGUUGUGGCCCACCAUGAGCAAGGAGAAGCAGCAGGAGCUGAUCCAGAAGGAGGAGAGCACAGUGUUCAGCCAGGCCAUCCACUAUGCCAACCGCAUGAGCUACCUGCUGCUGCCCCUGGACACCAGCAAGAGCCGACUGCUGCGCAGCUCGGGGCUGGGCGACGUGGAGAGCGUCAGCAACAGCUUCGUCACCAACAGCAUCGCCGGCAGCGUGGCCGAGAGCUACGACACGGAGAGCGGCUUCGAGGACGCCGAGAGCUCGGACGUGGCCAACUACGUGGUGAGGUUCAUCAACCGCUUCGUGGACAAGGUCUGCACCGAGAGUGGCGUCACCAACGAGCACCUGAAGGGGCUGCACGUCAUGAUCCCUGACAUCGUGCAGAUGCACAUAGAGACCUUGGAUGCUGUCCACAGGGAGAGCAAGAGGCUUCCUCCCAUCCAGAAGCCCAAGCUGCUGCGGCCCAGCCUGCUGGCGGGUGAGGAGUGUGUGCUGGAGGGGCUGCGUGUGUACCUGCUGCCCGACGGCCGGGAGGAGGCUGCGGGGGGCAGCGUGGGGGGCCCCCCCCUGCUCCCUGCAGAGGGAGCCAUCUUCCUCACCACCUACCGCAUCAUCUUCAAGGGGACGCCCACCGACCCGCUGGUGGGGGAGCAGGUGGUGAUCAGAUCCUUCCCCAUCGCCUCGCUGACCAAAGAGAAGAAGAUCAGCGUCCAGGCCCAGGUGGAUCAGUUCAUCCAGGAGGGCCUGCAGCUCCGCUCCUGCACAUUCCAGCUCCUGAAGAUCGCCUUCGACGAGGAGGUGGCGUCGGACAGCGCCGAGGUCUUCCGCAAGCACCUGCACAAGCUGCGCUACCCCCAGCACGUGCGCGGCACCUUCGCCUUCACCGUGGGCCAGUCCCCCAAGCAGGCCAUGCAGCCCAAGGCCAAGGAGAAGAACCCUUCCCUCAGGACCCUGUCCAAGAACCUGGUGAAGAACGCCAAGAAGACCAUCGGGCGGCAGUACGUGACCAGGAAGAAGUACACCCCCCCCACCUGGGACCAGAGGGGCAGCCAGCACUUCCCAGAGGACAACGAGGAUGAGAUCUCAGUGUCGGAAGAGAUGGACAGAAGCACUUUGACCCCCAGCACCACCAUCAGGCCUUCAGACAAGAUGACCAUCAACCACCUGGUGGAGCGGGCCUGCUGCAAGGACUACCAGCGCCUGGGGCUGGGCACCCUGAGCAGCAGCCUGACGCGCUCCAAGAGCGAGCCCUUCCGCAUCUCCACCGUCAACCGCAUGUACGCCAUCUGCCGCAGCUACCCGGGGCUGCUGAUCGUGCCGCAGAGCAUCCAGGACAACACCAUCCAGCGCAUCUCGCGCUGCUACCGCCAGAGCCGCUUCCCCGUGGUGUGCUGGCGCAGCGCCCGCACCAAGGCCGUGCUGCUGCGCUCGGGGGGGCUGCACGGCAAGGGCGUGGUGGGGCUCUUCAAGUCCCAGAACGCUCCCAGCCCAGGCCCCUCCCAGACAGACUCCACCAGCCUGGAGCAGGAGAAGUACCUGCAGGCUGUCAUCAACUCCAUGCCUCACUACGCCGACGCCGGUGGGCGCAACACCUUGAGCGGCUUCACCUCGGCCCACAUGAGCAGCACAGAUGUGUCCGACAGGAGGCAGCCCAAGCUGGGAUCCCUGAUGAAGCAGGUGAUGGGAGGGAAGGACGAUGGGCCCAGCACGAUUGGCCGUGGAGGGCUCGCUCACCGAGCUCGGGUCAUCACCCUGUCCACUCCCAAGUGCGUGUCUCCAAAGGGCCGGGACCCCCCCCGAGGGAAGUGGGGCAGCAUCCGCGCCAGCGGCCGCGGCAGCGGCUACGCCCUCAGCGUGGACAUCGGCUCCCGCCUGGCCGGCAAGGACCUGCUGGCAGCGCCGCACAACGGCACCGCCGCCGAGCCCGCCCUGCUGCGCCCGCACCGCGCCUCGCUCUACAUCAUCGGGGACAAGUCCCAGCUGAAGGGCGUGAAGCCAGACCCACUGCAGCACUGGGAGGUGGUGCCCAUCGAGGUGUUCGACGUCAGGCAGGUGAAGGCCAGCUUCAAGAAGCUGAUGAAGGCCUGUGUGCCUGGCUGCCCCUCCACGGAGCCCAGCCUGGCCUACCUGAGGUCCUUGGAGGAGUCCGAGUGGCUGUCUCAGAUCCACAAGAUCCUGCAGAUCUCAGUGUUGGUGGUGGAGCUCCUGGACACAGGCUCCUCUGUGCUUGUCAGCCUGGAGGAUGGCUGGGACAUCACCACACAGGUGGUGUCGCUGGUGCAGCUGCUGUCGGACCCCUACUACCGCACGCUGGAGGGGUUCCGGCUGCUGGUGGAGAAGGAGUGGCUGUCCUUCGGGCACCGCUUCAGCCAGCGCGGCGCGCAGACGCUGGCGGGGCAGAGCAGCGGCUUCGCCCCCAUCUUCCUCCAGUUCCUCGACUGCGUCCACCAGAUCCACCUGCAGUUCCCCAUGGAGUUUGAGUUCAGCCAGUACUACCUGAAGUUCCUCAGCUACCACUACAUCUCCAACCGCUUCCGCACCUUCCUGCUGGACUCCGACUACGAGCGCAUCGAGCUGGGGCUGCUGUACGAGGAGAAGGGGGAGAAGAAGGGCCAGCAGGUCUGCAAGUCCAUCUGGGAGUACAUCGAGCGGCUGAACAAGAAGGCUCCUGUCUUCUUCAACUACAUGUAUGCCCCCGAGGACGGCGAGGUGCUGAGGCCGUACAGCAACAUCUCCAACCUGAAGGUGUGGGACUACUACACAGAGGAGACCCUUUCUGAGGGCCCUUCCUACGACUGGGAGCUGAGUCAGGGGCAGGUGGAGCCAGUGGAGGAGGACAGGCAGGACACCAGCGCCCCUCAGACCAAGCGCAAGAUCAUCUGGCCCUGCUACGACAGCCGCCGCCGCCUGGAGCCCGACGCCAUCUCCAGGCUGCUGGAGGAGCUGCAGAGCCUGGAGGUGGAGCUGGGGCAGGUGCCGGAGCGCUGGAAGGAGACGUGGGACAAGGUGAAGGCGUCGCAGCGCACGGAGGCGCGGCAGGAGGGCAGCAGGACCCCCAGCUCCCUGCUGAUGUCCUCUGGCCUGUCCCACCACCGGCGCUCCCUGGGAGUCUACCUGCAGGAGAGCGGAGUGGGCUCCAGCCUGAACCUCAGCCUGGACAGCGACACCAGCAGCACCUCCACCCCCUCCAGCGGCAGGCAGGGCGGCCGCAGGAGCACCUCCACCCUCUACAGCCACUUCCAGAUGGCCGAGAGCGAGAACAGGUCCUACGAGGGCUCUCUCUACAAGAAAGGAGCCUUCAUGAAGCCGUGGAAGCCUCGCUGGUUCGUGCUGGACAAAACCAAACACCAGCUGCGGUACUACGACAGCAGGAUGGACACAGAGUGCAAAGGAGUCAUCGACCUGGCCGAGGUGGAGUCCAUCACCCCGGGGGCCCCCACCAUGGGCGCGCCCAAGACGGUGGAUGAGAAAGCUUUCUUUGACCUGAAGACCACGAAACGCGUUUACAACUUCUGCGCCCAGGACGUGCAGGUGGCGCAGCAGUGGAUCGACCGCAUCCAGAGCUGCUUGUCCGACGCCUGAGCAGAGCCCCGGAGCCUCCCGAGCCGGGCGCCGGCAGCUGCGGGCCUGGCCCCGCGGCGGCUGCCCAGCUGCUGUGCUCGCCCGGGCUGGGACUGACGAGAAGCGGGAGGAUGCCGAGGGGCAGCUCUUCCUUGCCACCCGCUGCGAGCCCGGCGCCGGGCGGCGGGGCAGGACCAACGCGUGGCACGGUGGUAGGACUGCGGUGCAGGAGCUCCUCACCUCGCAGCAGGCUGGUGGGGCCGGCAGGAGUCGCUCCCCCACCCUUGUCCCCUCGUCCUGUCUGAGCCCUGUCAGUAGUGUGUCCUCCACGUCCCCACCUGCCCUGUCUGCAGAAGGUGCCAGGGUGUCCCCCCCUGCACCCAACCCCAAGCUGCUGGAGACCGCAGGGGCUGCCACCUCCCUUGGCCCACCAGGGCUGCCAAAGCCCCUGCUGGGGGGGGCACAACCAGCCCUGCUCCCCACCACCCUGUGGGGCAGCAGGUGACCCAAGGGCAGCACCAGGGCUGUGCUGCUGCAGCUCAGGGUGGUGGCACUGCUGGAACCCAGCUGGGGCACUGGGACCACCCUGCCCUGAGGGACAGCAUGUGCCAGUCCUUCAGGAACCUGGGGACACUGCCACCUAACUGCCCAAGGAGGGUGGCAGGUGGCACCUCAGGCUUUGUAGCUCAGGAGGAAACAUGGCCCUGGCCACUCUGCUGCCAAGUGACAAAGGUGGCAUAGGGUGGUGGGCACACCUCCCAUGGGAGGUGCCAGUCUGGGUGCCCUGGGUUCCUGCCCUCUGUCCCCCUGGCCGUGGUGGUGGGGUGGGGAGGGACACAGUGAGACUGCCCUGCCCCACCCCCAGUCCUGCUGGGUGUCUCCAAGGGCUGGGCACAGCAGCAGUGGCAGGUGCCACCUGCUCUCUUUGCACAGGUCACACCCCCCCCACAGACCUCCACUGCACCUCUCCCCAUUGCUCCCCUCCCUACCACUGACCCACGCUGGGGUGGGGGGGAGGCGAGGGGCGCUCUACAUGUGCCCACCCUCCCCUCUCAGCCCCUUGCUCACCACGCAGGGGCCUGGUGUGGGGGUGUGGGAAUCUCUCGGUACAGAGCCAGCUCCUGCAGCACCUCACCCCCCACCCCCUGCACUGUCCCUGGAGCAGGGGGGGUUGUCCCCCCAUCCCCUCCAGGAUGCCCCAGGGUGUCCAUCCCACCCCAGCUCCAGCUUCUCCCCCCCCUUGUUUUUAAGGAGGACAAUGUUAUACUGCAGAGAUCUUUGUACAGUCUUAAACCCCUCCCCUGAACCCACCUCACUCCCCCACCCUUUGCUUGGUUUCACCCAAGGGUUCCAGCUGUGGCAGGUGGCACUUGGUGGGACCCCAGGAGGGGCGUUGGGUGGUGCUACCUGAAGCAGCUGUAGAUGAUGGAAGCUCUUGUACAUUGUGUCCACCCCCCCCGAGCCCUUGUAUUGUAUUGUGCCUAGAGAGGAAAGGGUUAAAUUCUAUACAGAGAGACUAACGCUUUAAUAAAAAACUCCGGACA